CUUUAAUUGUUUUAAACCAGGUAUACAAUCGCCAAUAUCCCAAUCUCUGCCUCGAAUGACCUCGCGAGCGACAACUCAACAAAGAAUGGGCAUCGACAGCACCGCCGAAGACUAUGAUCUAAGUCUACAUACCCUCUCCCUCGAGAGAGAAUAUGACCAGACCGUGAGCACCGCGGCGCAGCUCCUCGACCAGGAGGCCCGCCGCGUCCACCGGGUGGACCAGCUGCUGCUGCAGUUCGAGAAUGAGAACCUGCAGCUGCAACUCGACCAGGCGCGCCAGGAGAUCGGGCGGGUGCGCUCCACCGAGCUGGAGAUCCUGGGGAGGUUGAAUCAGGUCGCGCUGGAGCGGGACCGCAUCCAGCAGACGGUGUAUGUGCUGGGGCACGAGAAGGAGAAUCUUGCUCGAGAGCUAGAAUCCAUGUCCGACACAUCCGUCGAGGUGAAAACCUUGAUGACGGAGAAGAUGCGGCUGGCCAAGGAGUUGGCCGGGGUGCAGACCGAGGUGCAGCGGUUGCAGUCGGUGGAGAGCUCGUCGCAGACCCUCCUGGCGGAGAAGCAGACGCUCUCACGGCAGCUGAGUUCGCUGGAGGUGGAGCUUGAGAAUGAGAGGCGCGCGCACGAGCGGACGCGUUCUGCUCGCGGGGGGUCUGAGCAGCAGCAGCAACAGCAGCAGCAGCAACAACAACAGCAACAAUUACAACAACAGCUACAAAAACAGCAGCAACAACAACAAGCAGCCACUGCAAAGUGGAAUGCAGAGAAAGCCGCGCUGGAAGACAAGAUCGAGACGCUUACGAAAAAGCUCCUCGCGACCAAGGAUCAGCUCCGCAAGGCCCAAAUCAAUAACAGCAACAGCAGUAGCUCCAUCCAGCAGCAACCUCUCCAGGCCGGGACGAGUAUCGUCCCCGUCAAAUGGUCGAGGGAGCAGUCCUCGACCGACCGAUAUGCGGCCGCCGCGCGGAUCAACCCGGAAUUGACGAUCGCGACGCCCGGCGCGGUCCGCGCCAAGAACGCGGAGAGGGAGAAGCGCGCCGCGGCCGUCGCAGCCCUGCCCGGCGAGAAAUCCGCCUUCUCGAUCACCCCGUUCCUGAACCGGACCACCGGUGCUCCGUCGGCUGAAGCAGAUUCCAACGAGAAUCAUGCCGACAACGCCAACAACGACAGCGACCAGGAGUCCUCCUCGCUCGAGGACAGUAUCAUCCGUGAACCGGAUGUCCCCGCCCCUACUACUACUGCUGCUGCUGCUGCAGCAGCAGCAGCACAAAGACCCCGCCAACUAUCCCUGGGCUUGGGCAAGGCACGGCCGGAAAAGACCACCGCUGCCAAUACCACAACUACAGCGACAGCUGGCAAUUCGCGAAGACCGAGACAGGCGUCGAGGCGGCUGGAUCCGAUCGACGACGACGACGACGAUGACAUCUUUGGCGCGGGAAAUGUCUCGAUGCUGGCCAAGCCGCAGGUCCGCAAGCGCAAGCUGGGCGGGCAGCAGAAGAAGCUGAUCAUCGAUGAGGAGGACGAUGAUAUGGACUUUGAUUUCCGGAAGGCGGGCACGGCGCGCGGCCGGGGGUUCGGCGGUGUUCCGGCCUUUUCGCCGUUGAAGCGCGAUAGGAGGUGAAAUUCCCUUUUGGGUUCUGGAGUUCGCAGGGAUGUCUAUAUAUCUUUCCUUCUACGGGUAUCAGGCGGGCUUAAUGCGCUAAUCUAAUCUGGAAAUUGGAUGACUUGAACGUGGUCAGUCAUGGUGCCCUGGCGAUGUGGCCGCCGCCGUGUGGAUUUACUGAGGAUGUCAGCUCGGUCUAGUACGCCAAGUAGCUCGGUAGACUACGAUUCCAUGCAGGGUCCGACUAGUAAGUAUAUUCGUGGAUUUAUGC